ACUCAAUAUCUCGUUGAGGCUCAAUAAUAUGUCAUUAAAACAAGUACUUGCUGAAAAAAUAUUAAUUCAGGAUGGUUCAAUGGGUACUAAACUCGAAAAUAUCCUUCCAUUGGAUCACCCGCUUUCUGUGAAGGGUUCGCCUCUCUGGUCAACUAAAUUGCUUUUGGGCGAGCCCUCGUUGAUCACUCAAGUCCAUAAAAGUUAUGUCGAUGCGGGAUGUGACAUGCUCAUCACAUCCACUUAUCAAGCAUCCAUGCUCACUUUGGAGAAACAUGCAAACAUGUCUAUAGAAGACGUUCACAGGACGUGGCAGAGGUCGGUGGACUGUGCGAAAGAAGCGAUCAAUACUUCCAACCGCACGGAUAAAAUAUACAUUGCUGGGUCCAUUGGUCCAUACGGGGCAUUUUUGGCGAAUGGGGCAGAGUACAGUGGAGACUACAAUGGUAUGUCCUCCAGUGAAUUAGCCAACUAUCACUCUGAACUGGUUAAGUAUUUUGUCGAGAACCCAGAUGUUGACGUUAUAGCUUUUGAGACAAUUCCCAACUUCGACGAAGUAAAGGGUGUAUUUCAGUUGGUAAAGAGCCUUUACUCAAACACAUACGGCAAACAGUUUUAUUUAAACUUCAGUUGCAAGGAUCAAUUCACUCUUGCUGACGGAACACCUUUAAGCGAGGUUGUUGAUUACAUGGUUUCAGAAAUGGCUGGUCAUGUCGAGGAAUACUUUGUUGGCACAGGAUGUAACUGUGUGGCGUACGAGAUCGUAAAAGGAGUCGCUGAGACGGUGAACAAAGCAUGUGAGAAACGCAACGUUAAGCCGUUAAAUCUCAUCGUUUAUCCAAACUUAGGAUUCAAUAACGACAUGUCUGACCCAAGCAAGUAUGGCUUUCUUUCAGAUAGGGAUGGUUGGAGAAAGGCGGUCCAAGAAUGGCUCACCGUGCCAAACAUCCGUGUUAUUGGGGGCUGCUGUAGUACAAGUCCCAGUGAAAUUGCAGUCAUUCAUGAAGUUAUCAAUAACAAAUAGAAGUACUUAAGAGUAUAUUAAGGAAAGUAUGAUAACAUUCGAUGAAAUGUGAAUCCACCAAAACGAUCACACUGAUGAUCUGUGAUGAGACAUGCGGCUAACGAACGCAUCUUUAAUGUAAAACACAGCCAUAACCCAUGCCAUGAUAAGAGCUGCGAUACCUAAACAUAUGUUCAAAGUAAACAUUGACGUGAGCCCAUAGUACUCCAACAGGUACACCACAGAGUCACAAGACUCCA